AUGUACUCACUCACAAACCCUUUAUCUGUAUGCUUCUUCCUCCUGUCAUCUUCAUUUCCUUCUGACAAUAGCUUGCUUCAAAAGCAAUAUUUGUGACACUUGACAGCAGGCGAGUCAACACGAGAGGUGAGGGAAGACUAAAUUCUGAACCCUUGGAGGUCUUAUUUUCUCUUAGAAAGGGGAUCCGUCAGCUGUAAAAACCGAGAGCAGAAUUAGAGAGUGGAGUUGAGUUCAGAGAGUUCCUUUUUAUUGUGUAGUUUGAAACCAUCGUGAGCAUUUUUUAUGCUGGUCAGUGUACAAGCUUCAGAGGACUGUGUGACGACGGGCUGGAGUGUUGCUGCUGGAUGGUUGAGUGAUCUGUGGAGGAAGAGUUAAAUCCAAGUGCCUGCCCCUUGACUUUUGACCUUAACAUCCCAAUCCGGUGGGAUGGCAGAGGGGGCCGUGGGUACCUGUCCUCAGGUGUUCGUGGUGGACAGUCAGGCCAGCUACGUCGCUAUGCCAAAUGAAAAGAGAUCGAGGUGGGCCAGAGAAGGACAGAGGCUACUUCUCUUCCUGGUGGGAUUGUCUGUGCUGGGACUUCUGAUAGAGGGUUGCCUGAUCUACAGUCUUUACCAAAAAACCGAGGCACUUUCCCUCUGCAGAUUUCAUCACCUCUGCCAGAACUUGUCCAGUCCUGCAACAGUUGGUCACAAGAUUGGAAGCCCAUCCAGUCAAAUAGGAUCUAAAGAGAUUCCCAAACUGUGGAUGCAAACACAACAGAGGCCCUUUGCACACUUGCAGGGCGCCAGUAAUCCCAAAGGCGAAAACAAUGUGGUGCAAUGGGAACUGUUCGGGGAAGCCAUCACCAAAAAUAUGACAUAUGCCAAAGGCCUAUUGACAAUCCAGCAGGAGGGCUAUUACUACCUCUAUUCCAAGGUGGAAUUAAAUCCGACAGCGAAAUGCAAGCUUAUCCAGCACAAUGUCAUGAAAAACACCAGCGCCUAUGACAAGCCCAUAGAACUAAUGAAGUCAAGAAGUAAACACUGCUGGACACAGAAACCCUCAAAUGAACAGCCUUCAGGUUUAGACGAUCUAUGGAGCAGUUUCCUGGCCGGGAUUUUCCACCUGCAGAGCGGAGAUCAAAUAUAUGUCACACUAGACAAAAUACAAGAAAUGCAUCCAGGACCCAAAGAAAACUUCAUGGGGGCCUUUAUGAUAUUUCCGUAAAGGACUAUAAAUGUGUGUUUUCCACUUAGUUGAACAUGUUCUGUUUUUUUUCAUGUAUAAAAUACAUAUUCUAAUAUAUGCUGUACUAGAUGGAUACAUUUUAGUGACCUAUGGAAAAAGCAACAAAUGUUACCUGAUAUUCAGGUUAUAUCUAUAUAAAUAAUUAACAUUUUAGCACAUAUUUGGUUAUUUGAAUAAAUCCCU